AUGAAAAAUAUCACUUAUCUAGACAUAUCAGAUAACUUCUGCCUGCAGUUUAAGGGUUUUGGUAAUGUUACACAUGAUCUUCAGUUCUCUACUAUAAAAGUUUUAAAGUUAAACAAGAUUCAUCUUGCAUAUCAUCUUAACACAAUUUUACCAACUGAUGUUUUUAAGCCGUUGAUAAACACAACAUUAAAAGAAAUUUACGUCGAUGCUAACCGAAUACAAAUAAUAGAAACAGGUGCUUUAUCGUAUUUACCGAAUACCUUACAGCAUAUUUCUUUGAAAAAGAAUGAGCUCUCGUUUGGAUCAUUCAUAAGAGACGUUUUUAAUCUUUCGAUAAAAUCUGCUGAUUUGUCAUUGAUGUACUCGUUUCAUAAUCCUGGGGAAUAUUUGUUUCAUUGUCCUUCACAACAAGCGACACAGGAAAGAAGUAGCUAUACGGAUGAUAGAAACUAUCAUUUAACAUCAUCAAAUCUGGCACGAUAUAAUCAUUUAUCAUUUCAACCAACAUGGUUUAUUCCUGUUCCAUUAAAAAUCAAAUAUACAUGGGUCAUCCCGGUUCCUGAAAAUGUGACAACAAUUGUUUAUAAAGAAUGUGGAAUGAGGUAUGCAAUAAUACAUUUAAAUGUUACAAAAAAUAUAAUUGAAUAUUUAGACGUUAGUAAAAAUGCAUUUUUUUCAUGGAUAGGACCUAUAAGUAAUUUACAUCAUUUGAAACAUUUAAAUCUUUCACAUAACCUCUGUUCUUUUGUGUCACCACAUUUCUUUAGUGUCGACUCGGCAAACUUAAGGACACUUCAUGUGCAAAACAAAAUGUUGGGCGCAGUUUUAUCAGAAGAUAAUGACGGACAAAUUCUUGGUACGUUGCGUAACCUUGAAGAAAUAAACUUAUCUCAAAAUAGAAUUCCGACCUUACCAUUGAAUUUUUUCAAGGCACAGUCCAAAAUGAAAUAUUUGAAUUUAAAAAACAAUUUAUUGGAGACGAUUUCAUUUCGUAUUAGUCACAUGACAAAUUUGAAACUGUUGGACGUAAGUAAUAACAAACUGUUGCAUAUCGAUUCAUAUGCUAGACAACAAUUAAAUUAUCUGAAAAGUCACUCUGAUUUCUUAAUUAAUCUCGAAAAUAAUCCACUACAGUGCACGUGUGAUUAUAUAAAAUUUGUGAAAUGGAUAGUUUCCACAGAGAGUCAUCUAGAAAACGUACAUCUCUACGCAUGUGCAACAUCUAGAGGAAAGAAACAUAUUUUAGUCAGUGUGAUUGACAUGUACUUGGGCCUUAAAAAAGCUUGCUACUCUUAUGAUCUAUUGGCAGUUGGUAUAUCUGGGGCUAUAUUGAUAUUCAUCAGUAUUUUAUGUGGUGGAUUGGUUUAUAGAUACAGGUGGAGGAUUAGAUAUUUCUAUCACAUGGUGAAAAUCAGGCAUAACGAACGAAGACCAAACAUGUGGGACAACGAUCGUGAAGAUUACAUGUAUGACGUAUUUGUAGCAUAUGCAGAUGAUGACAGAAUUUUCGUCCAUACUAAACUGUUACAAAAACUUGAGAAAGAAGCUGGAAUUCAACUGUGCCUACAUUGUCGCAAUUUUUUGCCUGGAAGUGACAUUGCAACAAACAUAAUAUCGGCAAUUCACAACAGUCGUAAAACGGUAAUCAUUAUGUCUCAUAACUUUCUAAACUCUCAUUGGGGUAUGUACAAAUUUAAUAUGGCAAAAAUGGAAAGCAUAUACGAGCGAAGAUAUGAGAAUAUACUUUAUCUUGUGUUUUACGAACAAAUGCGUUCACGUGACUUGCCUUUACAGAUCCUUGAACUAGUUCAAUCCCAGUCUUAUAUAGAAUAUCCAAACGAUGAGUACGGAAAUGAAGUUUUCUGGAACCAACUCAUAACCGCAUUGAGGUCAUGA